AUGGACGCUUCCACCACAGCAUACCCACCCUGUGAUUCAGAUGAGUCACAUUUGCCUCUCGUCACUGCCCCACCUGGGGAUACUAGUGCUACAACGAGGCCAUCAUCCACCCAUGCUGAUGGCACUCCGCUGCCGAGUCUCACACAGCCAACUCCGAACCCGAGUAAUUGUGUCAUCAUCAUACAAAACAAUUACAUUGCGGAGGGGGGAACCAUCAACAUAUUUUCAAGUCACUGCAACGGUUCCAAGCCCACGUCCUCGGAGCCUCCAUUGGCGAGGCAGGCAGAGCCAGUGGAGCACGGUGGUGAAAGCAUAGUAUUGAGCGGUAACUCAUUUGGCGAAUGCGUCAUGAUAAACGUAGGAUCGCCAGACUGCACUGGAGCUGUUAAACAAACCGCUCUUGCGUCCCAAAGUGACCGCAACGUCUAG